CACAGGUCUCCUUCAUUUGAAUCAUUUUACACCAUUGGUCUAAUUAUAGUCACGUGACCAAAAGAAUCCUGCGAUAAUAUUGGCUGUAUUGGAUAUCGUACACUGAUACAGGAGGCGCGAAUCAGUCAGCGGUUCGCCCAUAAAGAGCCUUGAGGAACGACGCUCGAGUUGGCGAUUGUGAAUUCCAAAACGGCACUCGAAUCAUUCACAGAAGCAUCACGAAAGAAUAAUGGCGACCUACCCAGUUCGGUUCGAGUUCCACUGCGACAACGAAACCCUCGAAUUCAUUCACAAUAUUCCGCGACAUCUCAUCACGGCUGACGCGCAAGCCUCACGAGAAGAUGCAGGGUAUAUAGAUCAGUUUGCCCGUUCACUACGGCCCAUCAUAAAAGAGCACGAACCGGCCUGUCGUGCUGCUUCUAAUCCGUUGUGCAUAAUUUGCGGCUCGCUCAUGGUGACUGUCUUGCAGACGCCCAUGUCGUGGCUUCACAAGGUGGAGGAUCCUUUUGUGGUGGUAUUGAUUAGUGGCAUAUGUGGGAAAGGCGAAUGCGAAAUCAAGAUGCGACAGGAAGUGCAGGAGACGAUGGGUGAACUUGUAACAAUGGGUCAGAGCCAUAGACCGUCGGAAAGUGGUGGGGGUAAGGAAGUGCUGCCUUGCCGAAUCUGUGGGAAGACGGAGGGGACCAUGAGGUGUGGGCGGUGUAAAGUUGUGGCAUACUGUGGGAAAGAGCAUCAGAAGAGGGACUGGAAUACGCAUAAGAGAGCCUGUGUGUCCAAGGAGGGCUAAGGCGGGUAGGAAUGGAGGCGAGGGUGUGCAGACGCUUUUGGCGGAAUCCCCAUCGUCGUCUUCUACGGGAAUUUCUACUAGUUCCGUCUAGUGCAGGAGCGGUCGAUCCUGCUCUCUAGUUAGGCCAUUGUGUAGAUCGAAGACAAAUCGUUCCGAGCAGAGCAGAGGUACCAGCAUGAUAAAGCAUACGCUCUGUGGACAGAGUUCACCACGGUGGUUUGCUCGACGAACAAGUCCGUGCUGCAGAAGAUGCACGACUACAGCGACUCCUGACGCGGAUCAGACAAGGCAUGCAAGAGGGCUCCGACGUUGAUUUAUUG